AUGUUUGUUGGAAUUAAAAACCCUAGACGGCAGCUGCAUCAUCACGCAAGGGACUUAGGACAACUUCCUACAACCAAAACCUUUCAACUUUCCAUGCUGCAUUGUGCCCAGCUCCACUAUAAAUACCCUCACCUGCAUGCCAUUCAUUCCAAAAUCGUUCUACCAAAACUACUCAAGGUAAAACGUGAAAAGAAAUUCAUGGCGCGUCCAAUUGAGUAUGUGAGAGAUAUCAAUGACUCAAAGGACCUAUGGAAGAUUUCUGUUAGGUGCAGACAUAUUUGGUCGGUCACAAGUGCUUCAAAGAAGGAACACCUUGAAAUGAUUCUCGUGGAUUCUAAGGGAUCUAUGAUUCAAGCUGUUGUGCCUCCUUACUUGGUUGCCAAGUUCAAGCAAUAUCUCUGUCAUGGUUGUUCAUACGUAAUGCAGAAUUUUAAAGUAGGUUCCAAUGACUUCUCUUUUAAGUCCACCGAUCACAAACACAAGCUGGUGUUCUGUGGUUCAACUUCCCUGAAGAAAACGGAAAACCCAGAAAUUCCUGUUAAUGUUCUCAAUCUACUUAGUCUGGCUGACAUUGUAGAUGCAAAUCCAUGGUUGUGUGUACCUUAUGGGGAAUAUUUGCAAUCCAAUUCAAUGAGUAUUGGACAAAAAAAUAAGGAUGCUGGUAAUAUGGUUGUACUUCUGAUUAAUGCUCGGAUAAAGGAGGCUCAAGGCAACUUUCCUUUAAACGUAUCCAAUGCGUGGAAUGGCACAAAACUGUUUAUUAAUGAUACAGGUUUUGAACAGGUUUCUAAGCUAAAAGAAAGUUUUAAAGGUGAUUUCCCAAAAUUAUUAGAUACAGUCGUGCAAGUUAGUGCAUCACAGAAUUCACAAUACUCGGAUUUCGAUAAGUUUUUAUGGAAAGCUGAAGUUUUAAGUCUUGCAGAAAUAGGGGGUUUGCAGCAGGAAACUACGUGCGUAACUGUUGCCACGCUGGAUAAAUUUGAUGUUGGACAAUCUGGAUGGUAUUAUGAUAGUUGUGUUGACUGUACAAAGAGUGUGACUCUGAGGGAUGGAAAGCUUCAGUGUUAUGCAAAGCAUAUAAGUCCUUCUCCCGUGCCCAGGUUUAAACUGGAAAUACUGGCUGUUGACGGUAAAUGCAAUGUAAAGUUCAUUUUUUGGGACGUCGACUGUGUUAAGUUGGUAGGCAAAUCCGCGGCUGAGAUUAUAAAUGGUCUAAAAAGGAGUGGGGAGUAUGAUCCGCUUGAAUUUCCUUAUGAACUUGAUUCAAUAUUGAAGCGUGAGCUGGCCAUCAGAGCUGUGUUCCAACCCAAAAAUGGACGCCUUUCUGUGAUUGGUUUCAGAGAUGAUCCGGAAACCCGUAGCAUAGUCAAGGAAAAUUUUAGAGCUGAAGAGCCUACAUCUGUGCUGCGCAUAAUUGAACCAACAUCCCAGGACGAAUUUCCAAGUGUUUCUGAACCUCUGUCUGUCUCAGCCGAUUAUGAUCCUUCUGCCUCAAAUACUAACCUUACCCCUUCCAAGAGAAUUUUGAGCGAAUCUGUUGAGGAAUUUGAAGGUGUACAGCUUUCGUCGACGAAGUUAAUUAAAGAUAUCAAGAAGGAAGAGUAG